ACACCACGGAAGUACUCCGCAUUGCUCUGCUCAACGCUUCAUACAAUUUGAAAUGAUUUAGUGUGAACUCAUUUUAGCCCGUGUUAUGGCGAUGCUCCCCGCAGCUGCAGUCUUUUAUUUCCCCUGGGAAGUUAAUAAUGGAGCAGCUAAGGAAGGAGAGUCAGUGAGGACAUUCGGCAGACUGGCCAGUUACCGACCCGAGGAGUCCAGGGCAACAUUGUCUGCUCAGCAUGCUUCAAAACAGCACCAGAUGGUCGUCCACACGCUGUACGUGGAGCCCUUUGACCCCAUAAUUGGGGCCCAAUAUAUAGUUCUGGGUGAGAUAGAAAAUGCUGAAGAUGUGGGCGUGAUGGUCCGUGCCCGUGUGCUGAACUGCGUCGAUGGAGUGAACAUCGCUCUUCUUCAGAGAGCCAUCAACGAGCAGAGAAGCUUCUUCAGCGAGAGGGAGCAGAAACAGGCUGAUGCUGCACAGCCUGAACAUGUUACCUGAGCCGGCUCUCUUUUCUUUUGUUCAGGAAGUUUCACGUGGUUCUCUCACUGAGUGUCAGGAGCACAGAGCCGCCUCUGAGGCUGUUUGGAAGACCCUGAUACGAGCUCAGGUUAACUCAACGAGUGUUUGGUUAAAAGUGAGUGACACAAGUUUCCUGCAGUUUGUCACAUUGGAUUUCUUCACAUUAUAAACUAUUUUCUGCAGAACUAACAGCUGGUUUUGGGUCCAAAGCUUACGACUUGGAGUCAUUUUUUCCUCUCAUGUAACUUUGUGAUCUGAUGUUGUAGUGACCAAUUUUGAUAAACCCAAUAUGAUCUAAUAAAGUCACUUGAGGGAUGAA